UCCACCAUACUAAAUCCAAUUUUUCUUUUCAACCCUACUUUUCUUUGCUCUUUCUUUUUCAUUCAAUGGAGUUCUUAGUUCCACAACAGGAGCAAGAUCAGACUAAUUUUUCAAGAGAGAUUAUGGUUACAGACACAAAAAACACCACCAAAAAAAGUGGUAGUAGUAGAGUCCAAAUGCAUGACCAAGAAACAACAAACACUACUUCAACCACUAAAAAACGUUACAUUUUUCUCCUAGCAAUUAACUACUUGUGUCUUUUUGUUGGUUCAAUCUCAUCAACCCUACUCUCAAAAUUCUACUUCAAUCACAAAGGUGCAAGUCGUUGGGUUUCUACUUGGGUUCAAUCUGCUGGCUUUCCUUUUCUCCUUCUCCCUAUUUAUUUACCUUUUUAUGUUUUUAAAUCCACCGAUAGAAAACCAUUUACUGGUUUCACUCCUAAAAUCUUCUCACUCUCUAUUCUCAUUGGGUUUUUAUUAGGUUUUAACAACCUUUUAUUUUCUUGGGGUAAUUCUUAUCUUCCCGUUUCGACAAAUUCUCUUGUCUUAUCUUCACAGUUAGCUUUCACUCUUAUCACUUCCGUAAUUAUCGUCAAACAAAAAAUCACAUAUGCAAAUCUAAAUUGUGUUAUUUUGUUAACACUUAGUUCGGUCUUAUUAGCCUUAGGUUCAAACCAUGACAAACCAAAAGGUUUGACUAAGUCAAAGUAUUUAAUAGGAUUUUUCUCAACAGUUGGUGCUGGAUUAUUAUUCGCUCUUUAUCUCCCAUUAAUGGAAAAAAUAUAUAAAAAAGUUCAUUGCUAUUCUAUGGUCGUGGAAAUGCAAGUGGUAAUGGAAUUAGCAGCUACGGUUUUGGCCACGGUAGGAAUGACUAUAGACGGUGGAUUUUCGGAGAUGAAAAAAGAGAGUACAAAUAUGUUUGAUUUGGGUGAAAAAGCUUACUGGUUAACGAUAAUAUUUAACGUGGUGAUGUGGCAGUUAUGUUUUAUGGGUACUGCCGGAAUGGUGUUCUUGACAAGUUCAUUGACAGGGGGAAUUUGCAUGACGGCGUUAAUGGCCGUUAAUGUUUUUGGUGGGGUUAUAGUGUAUGGGGAUAAUUUUGGUGGUACAAAAAUAGUUUCAACUUUGUUAUGUGUAUGGGGAUUUGCUUCAUAUUUAUAUGGAAUGUAUAUGAAAAUGAAGGAAGAGGAGAUAAACAAAGAGAGUUCUACAGAAAAGUUGAUUAAUGAUGACCAACAUCAGUUCGUGAAAAUGACCUAG